CCGACCACCAACCCUAGGAGCAGCGGCGAGGCCGGGCGGCCAUGGACGUGGACUCGCGCAUGACCACGGAGUCCGACUCCGACUCCGACGCCACCACCGCGAACGCGCUCGGCAGGGGGGGCUCGGGGAGCGAGACCUCCUCCUCCUCCGCCCCCUCCACGCCCGGAACACCCACUACGACGCCCACUCCGUCCUCUCCGGCCGCGGCGGGGACGGGGCCCAGGCCCGCGCCCGGGUACACGGCCGUGAACGCGGUCAUCGAGAAGAAGGAGGACGGGCCGGGCUGCCGCUGCGGCCACACGCUCACGGCCGUGCCCGCCGUCGGGGAGGAGGGCGCGCCGGGCUACGUCGGCCCAAGGCUCAUCCUCUUCGGCGGGGCCACCGCGCUCGAGGGCAACUCCGCCACGCCGCCCUCAUCAGCUGGCAGCGCUGGGAUCCGUCUUGCCGGCGCCACAGCAGACGUCCACUGUUAUGAUGUAUUAUCAAAUAAGUGGAGCAGGCUUACUCCACUUGGCGAGCCUCCUUCACCAAGAGCUGCACAUGUAGCAACUGCAGUUGGAACCAUGGUUGUCAUUCAGGGUGGAAUUGGCCCUGCUGGUUUAUCUGCAGAGGAUCUUCAUGUUCUAGAUCUUACACAACAAAGACCGCGAUGGCACAGAGUGGUGGUUCAAGGACCUGGUCCAGGUCCAAGAUAUGGGCAUGUGAUGGCCUUGGUUGGACAGAGGUUCUUGUUGACUAUAGGUGGAAAUGAUGGAAAGCGGCCUCUGGCAGAUGUAUGGGCACUUGAUACUGCAGCUAAGCCAUAUGAAUGGAGGAAACUUGAACCGGAAGGUGAAGGACCACCACCAUGCAUGUAUGCCACUGCGAGUGCACGAUCUGAUGGUCUACUUUUGCUUUGCGGUGGGAGAGAUGGUAAUAGUGUGCCCUUAUCAAGUGCAUAUGGUCUUGCAAAACAUAGAGAUGGGCGCUGGGAGUGGGCAAUUGCCCCUGGUGUCUCCCCAUCACCAAGAUACCAACAUGCAGCUGUAUUCGUGAAUGCACGCCUUCAUGUGUCAGGAGGUGCUCUUGGAGGCGGUCGGAUGGUAGAGGACUCCUCGAGUGUUGCAGUGCUGGACACGGCUGCCGGAGUUUGGUGCGACACAAAGUCAGUUGUCACAACUCCCAGGACAGGAAGAUAUAGUGCAGAUGCAGCAGGAGGUGAUGCUGCUGUUGAACUUACACGGCGUUGUAGGCAUGCGGCAGCUGCUGUUGGCGAUUUAAUAUUCAUUUAUGGAGGUUUGCGGGGAGGUGUACUGCUAGAUGAUCUUCUUGUUGCUGAAGAUCUUGCAGCUGCCGAAACGACAACUGCUGCUAAUCACGCAGCAGCCAGUGCAGCAGCCACUGACACACAAGCUGGAAGAGCACCUGGAAGAUAUGCUUACAAUGACGAACGUACAAGACAAGCAGCUCCGGAAUCAGCUGCUGAUGGAUCUGUUGUUCUUGGAACCCCAGUUGCCCCUCCUCUUAACGGGGACAUGUAUACUGAUAUUAGCCCUGAGAACGCCGUGCAGGGUCAGAGGAGAUCAAACAAAGGUGUUGAUUACUUGGUUGAAGCUUCAGCAGCAGAGGCGGAAGCAAUCAGUGCUACUUUAGCCGCUGUAAAGGCUAGGCAGGUUAAUGGUGACGCAGAAGAGCUGUCUGACAAGGAACAGUCUCCAGAUUCAACAUCAAGCAGCAAACAUUCAAGCCUCAUCAAACCAGACACAGCUCUUACGAACAACAUGACACCUCCACCUGGGGUUCGGUUGCACCAUAGAGCUGUGGUGGUGGCUGCAGAAACUGGAGGUGCCUUAGGUGGCAUGGUAAGACAGCUUUCAAUUGACCAGUUUGAGAAUGAAGGAAGAAGGGUCAGCUAUGGCACCCCUGAGAAUGCAACUGCUGCAAGAAAGUUGCUUGACCGCCAGAUGUCCAUUAAUAGUGUUCCUAAAAAGGUGAUUGCAGCUCUGUUAAAACCUCGAGGUUGGAAGCCUCCCGUGCGAAGACAGUUCUUCUUGGACUGCAACGAGAUUGCAGAUUUGUGUGAUAGUGCCGAGAGAAUAUUUUCAAGCGAACCAAGUGUUCUGCAACUUAAAGCCCCCAUUAAAAUAUUUGGUGAUUUACACGGUCAAUUUGGUGACCUUAUGAGAUUGUUUGAUGAGUAUGGUGCUCCUUCAACGGCAGGAGACAUUGCGUAUAUCGAUUAUCUCUUCUUGGGUGAUUAUGUGGAUCGUGGCCAGCAUAGUUUAGAAACUAUGUCCCUUCUUCUUGCUUUGAAGGUUGAAUAUCCGCAAAACGUACAUUUAAUUCGUGGAAAUCAUGAGGCUGCAGAUAUUAAUGCUUUGUUUGGCUUCCGAAUAGAGUGUAUAGAGAGAAUGGGUGAGCGAGAUGGCAUCUGGACAUGGCAUCGUAUGAAUAGGUUAUUUAACUGGCUUCCUUUGGCUGCGCUGAUAGAAAAGAAAAUCAUCUGUAUGCAUGGUGGCAUCGGUCGGUCAAUCAACCAUGUAGAACAAAUCGAGAAUCUUCAAAGACCAAUUACCAUGGAAGCAGGCUCUGUUGUCCUCAUGGAUCUCCUAUGGUCCGAUCCAACAGAGAACGAUAGUGUUGAAGGAUUAAGACCAAAUGCUCGGGGGCCUGGUCUUGUUACAUUUGGGCCUGAUCGUGUUAUGGAGUUUUGCAACAACAACGACCUUCAGUUAAUUGUACGAGCGCACGAGUGCGUGAUGGAUGGUUUUGAGCGAUUUGCUCAAGGCCACCUGAUCACUCUUUUCUCUGCAACAAAUUAUUGUGGUACUGCCAAUAAUGCUGGUGCAAUCUUGGUUUUGGGUAGAGAUCUUGUCGUUGUUCCAAAACUAAUUCAUCCUUUGCCCCCUGCAAUCACAUCACCUGAAACCUCUCCAGAUCACAUUGAAGAUACAUGGAUGCAGGAGCUGAAUGCAAAUAGACCAGCAACUCCAACCAGGGGCCGUCCGCAGGCAGCAGCAGCAGCAGCAAACGACCGAGGUGCUCUUGCCUGGAUAUAGUAGAUUCAUCAGAUAUCUGUUGAUAUGAUCUAUCUGAAGUCUCACUCUGCGGAAUCUUAUCCCUUUUCUGCACGAGUAAAUGAUUUAUGUUGGAGGGAUGGGUUGAGCCCACAACCAUGCCAAAAGAGAAUUAUCUACAAGGAGUAGAGUUAAAGUGAAUAUUGGUUCAUCUAGGACAGCACAAAGUAUGAGCUCUCCAACUUGUUUCCCUAGCGUUAUAAGUAUGACAUGUCGACUGACAGAGAUUGUCUGAAGAUCCACGGAGGCUUCUCUUGUACAUACUCAGCUGCCGGUGGAUAUGGUGGUGUAUGGCUCUUUUUUGCAUCCAGUUGGACUGGCGAAAGGAGUAGUGUUAUUGUACUAGGUAUUCUUUAUGUUCCCUUUUGGGAUCUAGGGUUGUGAUUUUGCAAAGGUGUUGUUGAGUUGCCACAGGGACUGGAUCGAGGUCUGGUCAUGUAUAAUAGUUCUGUGCCUACUACUUUUGUCCCGGCAUACCCUCUGUAAUGUCAGCCUGUCGCUGAUGUUGUACAACUUUUGUAUUUAAAGUUUUGGCAGUGGAAUGGAGGUCGUGAUCUCAUUUAUUGGAGAA